AGAAGCUUGUGUCAAAACAAUUGCCAGGCGAAUUUUGGAUGAUGGCGGAUCUUUCGUGGUAUAUGCGAGAGGUGAUAGUUUUGUGGAGUGUUUGUUUACUUUAACGUGUUUACACCUGUUACAGUUCUUGGUUGUUGUAUGCAUAGAUUCAUUGUGACAACGUAUUGCUUCGGAAUACAAAUAACAGUAGUCACCCUAAUUAUAUGAAUUUUGACAAAACACCGAAAAAUUUAAAUGUUAUUCGUGUUUGAGAUCAGGAACCUUGCAUCUAAAAUUACAGGUCCGAACGAUAAAUAUUUCGUCUCCGAUUACACCUAAUGGAUAUCUGACAUGGUAAUAAGUCAAAAUCAGUACCAUUUGAGCUGCAGGAAACUGAAACAUGUAAUACCGACUGUUCAUUAAUCUUGGGAGAACUUACGCUGAAUGAGAGCUGAAUAUGCCCAAUGACAGCGCCAGGCUUAAAGCACUACUUUCAGAUUUGGGCAGAGCAACACUUCGAGGAGUUCGUAAAUGCCCAAAAUGUGGGACAUAUAAUGGAACAAGAGGUGUCUGUUGCAAGAAUAAGGCCUGUAAUGUUGUAUUCAAGGAAGCUGGUGAGAAAAGGAAGCUUUCAACGGAAGCCUGCAAACUUGUUACAGGAACAACAACACAGGAAAAGUCUGACACGAUGACAUUAACAACAUGUCAGCACAUCCGUGCUGCAAUGCGUUGUUUCACUGAAGCUGUGCCUCUAGCUUUGAAGGAUUCUGUUCUGACAGCACUGAAUAUCAGCAACGAGAUAAAAGAGGCAGUUUGGUUUCUUGCAAAUGAGUCAGCAGGCCCUCUUGUUCAAAGAGUGUCAAAAAAUAUAAUGGCUGUGAAGUGUAAAGCAAGUCCAAAACAUCCAUUGGGAUAUCUGCAUUUUUCAUUUUUCAUGUCAAGGCUGAAAGAUAGAGUGGAAAAUAAAUAUUUCUGCAGCUGUACAGCAUUUAAGGGUCAAGUAAAACAUGCAAGCAAUAAAGAUGACCCAACAUUCAAGAGAUGUGUGCACUUUUAUGCAUGUAUAUGUGCAUUUGCAAGUGACCCAAAACUUUCAGAUGAAUUUUCGUACUAUAUAAAUUUAGACAAGCCAUUGGUGAUACCUACAUCUCUGACAAGUUCAGAUGAAGACUGUAACAAUCAGAUGGUUACAAUCUUGGCCAGUGGGGUACCUUGUGAAGUGGAAGUACAAGUGCUAAGAAAUGAUGCCACUCUCUUGGAUGCUUCCAGUAUACCAGUUUCUGAUGACACUCUGGCAGAGGUACAUAGUUUGGAUGUACUUCAAUCUGACCCUGUCGAAGUACAGAUACGUGAUAUUGACGCAGUUGGAGAGCUGACAUUUACUGAGACAAGCUUAUUAGGUGACACCACUGCUCCACUUGAGGUCCUGACAGUGAAACGGAAGCGUGAGGAGCAGACAACACUGCUUGCACUUGUUGAUCAGCCCCCACGUAUAACAGAAAGCUGUGGGAACACUGUUAGUGGAAGUAACUGCAACACUGUCAGUAGCAGAGAGAUAGGCUGUAACACAGCAAAUAGGAGAGGCAGUGCUCCAAAAAUACAGCAGCCUAGAAAACAGACAACAGAAAUUACAGAUCAUAUUGAUGAAACAACAACAAGCUUCUCAUUCACUCAAUGGUUGGCAUCAGUGACAGAAAGGAUAAAUCAAACAAUGCAUUUCCAAUUUGAUGGAAGACCAGAUCCACUUGUUUUUCAUAUACCACAGAAUUUCUUUGAUUGCCUUCGUGAGCGUAUUUCAUGUGGUAGUAGAAAAAAGAGGCUACCAAAUUCUACCACAGCAUUCAUAAGAAGACAUUCAGUGCCAAUAGGGACAUUUACUAAAUACACCUGGAACAUUACAAAUAUCAUUCAAGUGAAGCAAAUUUUUGAAACAUCUCUGAUGCCACUGGAAAUAACACGAAGCUUUAUACAGAAUAGGGAUGGUUCAUAUGAACCAUAUCGGCAUAAAAGUGAUGAGAAUGAAAUUUAUAGAAAAACAAAUUGCCAACCUUUGAUUAAGCCUCUUGAACUGAAGACAUUCCUAAAAGUUGGUAAUACUGCACCUGACCAGACAGACCCAACUCCAUUUGUUAUAGAGUGGAUUCCAAAUAUAUUGCCAGAAAGCGGUAUCGGUGAAUUGAGGAUCAGAUUUGAGUUCGGACAUCAACGUAAUGGACAAGUGGAAAAGCAUUUACAAUUAAGGCAAACAUAUUCGAGACUGGAAUCUCGACUUAAUGAUGACAUCUCAAUAACAAGAGUAGAUGACUGUGGUUUAUUGCCAAUGUGAUACCUCUGUAAAAUGUACAUGUUAAGCGCUUAAGAUCUGCAGAUUAGCUAUUAUACAUUACUGGUACUCAUGAGUAGUAAUUUUACUGUUUUAUAAGAUUUUCUGAAGUAUACUUAGUGAGAUGUAUGUAAUUCUUUGGGAAAGUAGUGUGGAUAGAGAAACCAUAAUCAAGGCCACUCAGCUGUGAUAAUGCUAUACUUUUUAUGCACUAUAGUUUAAAUGUGUUACAGAAGGGGAACUGCCAGUGUAAUUUUGUUAUUACAUAUUUUAGUAAAGAAUUUUGCAGCUUUUGCGUUGUUAUAUAUGUUUAAAAAAUUGUGGCUUUUUGUGAUACUUUCAAAUUACAAUUAAAGUUGAAAAAAGUGUGCUUUUUUGGUAGAUAAUACUCACUAUGAAGACUUGAAAAAAUUGUAGUGUAUGUUUGUUACAUGGCUUGUCAGUGAGGGUGUGAGACUAAGUAUGUACCACUAAAUAGAAGCCAUGCUAAAAAUGUGCAUACUGCCGUACAAUACCAGUCACAGUGAAUAUUGUUUCAAUGAUGAUAAUUGUGAGUCAUAUGAUUAAUACAUAAUAAAAAUGUGGGGUCUUUCUAAUA